AUGUCCUCGUCAAGGAGACCGUCCACGCGACGAUCUACCUCUCUCUAUAGUCGUUCUAGACAAGAAACGCCGAAAGUAUAUGAACAAAGUUCAGACGUUACCGAUCUAGAAUCUGACGUUUCAGCAACCUAUGAAGAAGAAGACGACGAAGAAACGGAGGAAACAAUUAAAUUAGAAGACAAUAAUUAUCAAUCGGAAGAAGAGGAUAUGGAAGAUGAACAAGAGGAUAUGUUGGAAGAACCGGAAGAAGAGGAAGAAGAAGUUGAAGAACAUGAAGAAGAUUUAGAGGUACCAAUCGACGAUGAUAUAGACAUAGAAAUGGAAGAUGCUGAUGAUGCUACCCCUGAAGAAUCGUCUUCUAGAAGGACAAGAGGACGAAGCCUGCAAACUCAAGGUCUACAACCUUCAAUGAAACAGAUAACUGUACAAGAUAAACAAAUAAUUCCAAAGAAAAGAGAGCCAAUGAAAAAGAAACAUAUGACCGAGGAAGAAAUCGCUUUGAAAAAGUCCGAGAUCGCAAGACGAAGAAAACAUCAGAGCAUACAGCGCGCAGAACAAGACAAAAUGGAUACAAUUAAUCGUCUCUUGAAGAAACAAUCUACAAAAAGACGAACAAGAGAUCAAGAUGAUACAGAUAGUGUACAAAAUGAUUCUAGUAGUACUAGUUCCUUGCCACCCUCGUCACUCCACUAUGUGAAUACUGUCGAAGGUGCAACUUUGUCAUUUCCGAUCGGGAUUGACAUACAAAUACAAUGCGAAAAGGGGCCAAAAUAUCCUCCACCUGUUCCAAAUUGUGCAUUUCCUGGUUGUGAUGUUCCAAAGAGAUAUUGUAGUGUCAAAACCCUUAAAUAUGCUUGUUCAAUGGAUCACUUACAUAAAUUAGAGUCCAAAGGAUGA